CUGAGCAGAUGUGCGAGCCUCAGCCUUCGCUUUCAAGCAUGUCUCUCUGUAAAAUAAAAGCGGUUCUGGUGGUUUUAGCGGUACAAGUUUAUGCAUCUGCGGCUACUGACGAAGCAAACCUCACCGUUUUGGACUCGGUUGGAAAUUUCACCGCUUUGAACUCCGCGUCGGUUGCCAAAUCGCCUGUAUUGAAGCGUGUUGUGGACCCGUACGUUUCUCUGAGCCUUGCAGCUUUUCCUGAAGACCUGGAGGUCAGCGACUACUGCGUUGAUCUACUGCACACGUUCGGACAGCGAUAUGUCGCCUACGUGAACUGCCUAGUGGUUUCUGCGCGGCCCGUCAAAGUGUGCCAAAACUGUUACGCCGGUUUUGGCAGUUUGAGGGAAAUCUACACGAACAUAUCUUCAGACCAGAUGGACACAAGUAAUGUGAGUUGCAGGGACAGCCUUCUGCGCAGUGAUCGACUGAUGCUGGUUUAUUUGCUGUACGUUAAUCUGGAAGACAUUUGGGUCACAUCAGGCUGUAGUGAUUGUGUCACUGUGGGACUCCACAGCCUGACCAAUGACACACUGUACUUUAUGGCUGCUCUCAACCAGUCUCUCACCUGCUUCGAGAAGUAUCAACAGCAGGGAAACCACUCAGUGCUGUGCAAAGACUGUAAGAAAACAUACAAAGAACUGAAUGAGCUGUACAGCGGCAUGGAGAAGAACCACACUCUUUGCAUUGACAUAGAGGACGCGAUGAACGUGACCCGUAGACUGUGGAGUAAGAAUUUCAAUUGUUCCUUCCCCCGAGAGGAGACGGUUCCUGUCAUCGCUGUGUCCAGCUUCAUGCUCUUUCUGCCCAUCAUCUUCUACUUGAGCAGCUUCCUUCACUCUGAACAAAAGAAACGCAAGCUCAUACACCCCAAGAGAGCCAAGUCCAGCAACAGCCUGAUGAACAUCCAAGACAAACUCAGCUGAGUGAGAUGGAGAGGGAAUAUUAAUGGAGUCAUUACCAUCUAUUUCUGUCUGUUAAAAAGCUUCUACUGUCUGAAAGUUUGACUUCUCUCUCUCUCUCUCUCUCUCGCACCUGCAGCUGUAACUCGUGUCUGCAAAUAGAGAGGUUUCAACAUGAACAAUACCUAUUGAUUGUAGUAGUCAGUGGGAUCAAAUGGUAUUGAGACAACUUCCAAAUCCAUGCUGACACAGGAAGUUUGUCACUGAAGCUGAAAAAUUUCAGGAUUUCAACAUAAAACUGUUAGUGAACCACUUUAAGAUUGGGGGAUCCUAAAAUGUGUGUGUGUGUGUGUGUGUGUGUGUGUGUGUGUGUGUGUGUGUGUGUGUGUGUGUGAUCAUUUUCUUGAGUUUGCACAUUUAAGCAGAUGAAAGAAAAAUUGUCAUUUAAGAUUUUUUUUUCUUACAUACUUGAUGAUAAAUACCACAGAAAAUGAUAAAAAAUCUCCACAGAUUUUGUAUUGUUCUCUGCCAUAAUGAGAGUAACGAGAGAGCUACUUGGUUUCAGGUAGAGAUUUGCAAAAUUUAUACAUCUAAUUUAAUUUGCAUGAGGUGUGUGUGUAUAAUGUUGAAAUGGAAGUGCACUAUUUAGCUACACACUCACUACUAACCUUGCUCAGAUAGCCUGCCGUGAGGGUGUGUGUGUGUGUGCAUGUGUGUGUGAGCGUGCUAUCUUGGCAGAUUUGUCAGGGUUGAGAAAUGGGCUUUAUGUCUCUAAUACGAGUCCAGCAGAGAGGCACAGACAGGAAGCACUUGAUGUCCAUUAGCGGUGACAUGUAUCUGCUGGAAGAACGGGGACGGCACGUUAGCAGGGGUGAAAAAGAAGAAAAGCAAAUAAAGAAAUGGCCCAGUAGUGAAAGAACACUCCAAAGAAUGUCAGCCUGUUUUCCACUUUUGUGUUUUUUAAGACUUAAAAGGCGUAAUGCUUUUAAUGUAUUUUUGUCUUUUCCACUGAUGUCUGAUAUGUCAGGGGUUUUCACACCGAGCUCACCCAGUCGUGUGAAACUUUCACCUUGUUGAACUGAAUAAUUAUUAAGUCAGUUACACCGUUGUGUAAUUGGCUCAAGGACUUUAUGUGCAUCCUAACGAAUUUGUAUGUCCAAAUAAAUUUGUUAGAAACCUAUUUAAUUUUAUUGUUAUACUGUUGUUGUCAUUGCUGCA